AUGGUCGUCGCCAAACAUUGUAGUCGUCGCGCCGUGCUGUCCCUUACAACGCGCUUCUAUCUUCCUCAUGAAGGCAUGACUACGCUCGACUACCUCAGCAGUGGCUCAGCCCUUGUCUUGCACGGCUCUUCAAGCUCUUCUCUUGCUGUUGUCACAUGUCAACACGUAGCAUGUCCGUGGCUGUUUCCUCGCUACUUUUCCACGACAUGGGAUUGGCUGCAGUUCGUGAACGAAAAUCACGUGCGUCACUCGCUUCAGUUGCUAGCACUCGACACGCGGAAUUCGAGUGUGACCAAGCCAGAGGUUCUGCUGGAGCUGCCACUUGCUAGUCAGGUGCACACACACCAUAGUCGGGAUUUGGCCUUACUGACGCUGGCAGAUUCUGCUGCUACCAAGAGCUGGCAUCAGGCAGAACACGAGUUUAACGUGCAGGCGCUGUCGCUCGACACAGCGCCUUGUGAACAAGGCGAUGACGUGGUCUUCUUUGGACAUCGCCGAGUGGAAAAUGAAGUGGACGAAAGCUACCAGGUUCCUAUGACAGUGGCAGGACAAUUCGUCGGACGGAGCAGUAGUGGACAGGCUUUUGCUCGGAGUCAAGAGCUCUUAGAAGAAGGAAUGUGUGGUGGAGCUGUCGUUCGAGCAAAAAUGCACAAGUGUGUGGGUAUCGUGGAAGGCAUCGUGCCGAUGAGCAAUGAAGAAGAUGAUAAAGAACCGUCAACACACGACCGAAAAGAACGUGAAGCGUGGCAAAUGCGGCGAGCGUUGGCAGGCCACGUGGCGCUCAUUCCGUCACGUGACGUGAAGGAGUUUAUUGACGAGCCGGGCAACUUAUUGCUAACAGGUAUGGAGGUGCCCCCGUACAUGUGA